AUGGGUACCUCAAUCAAAGCAAACGUGCUUGCCUUGUUCUUGUUUUAUCUUCUAUCACCUACUGUAUUUUCGGUCUCCCAUGACGGAUUGAUUCGAAUUGGACUUAAAAAGAGGAAGGUGGACCGAAUCGACCAACUUCGUGGACGUCGUGCGUUAAUGGAAGGAAAUGCUCGAAAAGAUUUCGGCUUCCGUGGUACGGUUAGGGACUCGGGCAGUACCGUUGUUGCACUAACGAACGAUAGGGAUACUUCGUAUUUUGGUGAGAUUGGUAUUGGAACUCCACCUCAAAAGUUCACAGUGAUUUUCGAUACCGGAAGUUCUUAUCUAUGGGUGCCUUCUUCAAAGUGCAUCAAUUCAAAAGCUUGUCGGGCGCACUCAAUGUAUGAGUCGAGCGGUUCAAGUACCUACAAGGAAAAUGGGACAUUUGGCGCUAUUCAAUAUGGAACCGGAUCAAUCUCGGGUUUUUUUAGCCAAGACUCUGUCACGAUCGGUGAUCUUGUUGUUAAAGAGCAGGAUUUUAUAGAGGCAACCGAAGAGGCCGACAAUGUUUUCUUGAAUAGGUUGUUUGACGGUAUACUCGGCCUUUCAUUUCAAACGAUCUCCGUUCCUGUCUGGUACAACAUGCUUAAUCAAGGUCUUGUUAAAGAACGGAGGUUUUCCUUUUGGUUGAAUCGCAAUGUUGAUGAGGAAGAAGGUGGCGAACUYGUGUUUGGUGGGCUUGACCCUAAUCAUUUUAGGGGUGACCACACUUAUGUCCCUGUGACUUAUCAGUACUAUUGGCAGUUUGGAAUCGGUGACGUUCUUAUUGGAGAUAAAAGUACCGGAUUUUGCGCCCCUGGUUGUCAAGCAUUUGCCGACUCUGGAACCUCUUUGUUGGCGGGUCCAACGGCUAUUGUUACUCAAAUCAAUCAUGCAAUUGGCGCUAACGGGGUCAUGAACCAGCAAUGCAAGACAGUGGUUAGUCGUUAUGGAAGGGAUAUAAUUGAGAUGCUUCGAUCUAAGAUACAACCUGAUAAAAUCUGUUCGCACAUGAAGUUAUGCACUUUUGAYGGUGCUCGCGAUGUUAGUUCAAUCAUUGAGAGCGUGGUUGACAAGAAUAACGACAAGUCUUCUGGUGGCAUACAUGAUGAGAUGUGCACCUUCUGUGAGAUGGCUGUCGUUUGGAUGCAAAACGAAAUCAAACRAAGCGAGACUGAAGAUAACAUAAUCAACUAUGCCAACGAGUUGUGUGAACACUUAUCCACUUCAUCUGAAGAACUACAAGUAGAUUGCAACACUCUUUCCUCCAUGCCCAAUGUUUCCUUUACAAUUGGUGGCAAAAAAUUUGGGCUCACCCCAGAGCAGUACAUCUUGAAAGUCGGUAAGGGAGAAGCAACACAAUGCAUCAGUGGAUUCACUGCGAUGGAUGCGACUCUUCUUGGACCUCUGUGGAUCCUCGGAGAUGUUUUCAUGCGUCCAUAUCACACAGUGUUUGAUUAUGGCAAUUUACUAGUUGGAUUUGCAGAAGCAGCUUGAGAUAUGAUAUGCCAUGAUCAUCCUUCUGCCAGUCGGAUUUACUCUGUUUAUGCUAAAUCUGUGUUUUUGUGAAUUCCCAUCCUACCAGAAUAAAAUGGUCCAAUAAAUUUAUGACGUUUUUA